AUAUCUCGGCCCGCCCGCGGAAAAGAGAGGGAGACGGACCGGGCUUUUCCGGCCUCUCCAGAACGUUCAGGAUUCCAGAUAUUUUUCAUUCCAACAGCUAGCCCUCCCCAUCUCUUCCCUUGUCUUCCCGCGCUUCGCAAGGCUUCGUCUAUCCUCUCCUCCUUUCUCCCAACCCGCUGGCUCCCAUCAAUCUCACCCUCGCCCCGAGAUAUUUUCCCGUGCCACCGGCCCUCGUUAUAUAUACAGCCUGUCCGCCCCCGCCGCUUUCCCUCGCUCGUCGCCAUCGCCGUCAGCUCCGCCACCAUCCCGGGUACCUGCCGUACAGCAGAUGCUCUAGCAGCAGCCCGUGAGGACACGACGGGAAGGAGGAAGGAAAGAGGUCGAAGCGCCGAGGAGGAGGAAGGCCAAAGCGCCCAGAGUCGUGUGAUUUGGGGAGGAUAAGCAGCCAGGUUCGUGCCGGCGCCCGGAGCGAGCCGGCGAUGAGCAGCGGGGCGCAGGGGAGGAGGAUGCAGCCCCCGGCGCGGUCGUCGUCGUACUACGCCGUGCUCGGCGUCCGCCCGGGCGCCUCCGCCGCCGAGAUACGCGCCGCCUACCACCGCCUGGCCAUGAGGUGGCACCCGGACAAGAUCGCCCGCGGCCGCGCGGCGGCGGCGGACCCGGCGCGCGCGGAGGAGGCCAAGACCAGGUUCCAGCAGAUACACGAGGCCUACCAAGUGCUGUCGGACGAGAAGAGGAGGGCGCUCUACGACGCCGGGAUGUACGACCCGCUCGACGACGACCAGGAGGACGUGGAGGGAUUCCACGACUUCCUCCAGGAGAUGAUCUCGCUCAUGGCCACCGUCGGCAGAGAGGAGCCCGUGUACAGCCUGGGCGAGCUCCAAUCCAUGCUGGACGUGAUGAUCCAGGACUUCGCCGCCCCCCAGCCGGAGCCCAGCGGCUUCUUCGCCGGCACCGCGCCGCCCUUCGGCGAGCCGGGCGCCGCGGAGUCGACCGGCGCCUCCGCGCGCUUGCAUCCCCAGGGGGUCGGCGGCUCGGCGUGCUUCAGCCGGACGGCGUUCUCCCGGUGACGGCCGCGCUCCAGAGCCAGGUUCAGAGAUCCGCAGAAGAGCAGCAGCUUCUGCACCCGUGCACAUUCAGCGCCAUGGGGAGGGAAUGUCCAUGGCAGCAGCUCUUGAAAUGGACGGUGCAGAGAGGCCAAUGAGGGGCGUCGUCGUCGUCCGCUCGACCAACUCAUUUUGGGGAAGGUGGAAAUGAUUCUAGCUAGGACAAAAAGGGAUAGAACAGAAUCUGGCGCCACUCACUGAGCAGCUAAUAAAAAGGAUUUUUCUUUUUGUGUUUGUGGUCUGUCAAUGUAGCCGUCUCCUAGCCUAGCAAGCAUCAACGCUGUACAUAUGGCGAGCACCUGAUGUUGCCUUUGUGAUAGCUUGUAUUACGUGUGCUUGGUGAGGCAAUUUGGGCCAUGUUUGGUUACAACUCUGAAAUUUUUUUCAAAAAAAAUGAAUAUAUGUAUGGAGUACUAAAUGAAA